AUGGGAAACCAACAAUCAACAAAGAAAAGAAACAAGAAAAAAUCCCCUUCAAAAUCUUCUACCAAUGAACAAAAAUCUUGGUAUGUCGAAGGUCGACGGUAUACCAAUUACAAGAAUUCAAAAUAUUUUUUUCCAGAUGAUGAAAUUGAAAUGGAUAGAUUACAGAUGCAACAUUAUUUAUUUCGACAUAUAUUCUAUGGAAAUUUUUCUGCUCCGGUAGAAGAUGUGCUUAAACGAGGUGGUCGAAUAUUAGAUAUAGGAUGUGGACCAGGAACAUGGGUUUUAGAAAACAGUUGUGAUUUCGUCCGAUCCGAAUUUUAUGGAAUUGAUAUCGCUCCAAUGUUUCCAAGCACGAUUAAACCACGAAAUGCACAUUUUAUACAGGCUAAUAUUCUUGACGGUUUGCCGUUUGAUGAUAAUUAUUUUGAUUUCGUUCAUUUAGAAAAUUGGGCAACACAAGUAAUUCCAGAAUGUAUCCGUGUAUGUAAACCAAAUGGUUGGAUUGAAUUUUAUGAAGGAGAUGGUACAGCAUUUAAUGGAGGUCCAUGUUAUGUUCGUAUCGUGGAAUCUUUGAGGCAGGAAUUUUCUUCAAUGGGUUUAAAUCUAAGUGCUGCGAUCUUCUAUAAAGAUUGGCUUCUUAAAGAACCAAAUCUCGCAAAAAUUCAGGAAGAAGUCAGAAAGCAAUCCAUUGGAAAGUUUAAAAAAAUCCUCUUUCAAACUUUGGCUCCACGUCUUGCUAAUAAUUUAGGAAUAAGUUUGAAUGAAUUUGAUAAAAUGUUACAGGCUGUUCACGAAGAAUACAACAAAUAUGGAACUUAUAUGAAUUUUCACAGGGUCUAUGCGCAAAAAAUAUCAAUUAACGAACAUGCCCGUUGA